CAUCCUUGUCGCACGCUCUGAAAAAAAUAAAACAGCCUCCUGCAAAAACAGUAUUCUAAUCUCUGACCGCCCCGGCGAGACCUUACCACUAGCGCCCACCGUGUCCGCGCCGUCGCCGCCGGCCGUGCACUGAUUUCCGUUCGCCGUUCUCCCGUGCGACUGCGAACCGCCAAACCAGAACCGCGACCGCCAGUUUCUGACCUGCGGCCGAUGCUGAUAAGUUUGCCGCGCGCAUCGUGAUCCCAAGAACCCAAUCGCUUCCCACUCUUCCUCACCUCGUGCGAUCGAGACCCAGCUUGCGAAGUAACUGAAGUAAGUGUUGUGCCAAUGGCGGCGAUGAGAGAGCUCGUCGGCGCCGUCGGGAGGAGGCCAGGCCCGGGCUGGUCGGACCUGCCGAGCGACCUCCUCGAGUCCGUUCUGGUCCGCCUCCCCGUGACAGACCGCCUCCGUUUCCCCGCUGUCUGCACCGCGUGGCGGUCGGCAGCCGACGCCAGCGCGGCGCGCGUCCAGGCCGUGGAUGUGCCGUCCCCGUGGCUGAUGCUCCCGUUCAACCAGACUGCACGUUGGCAGAGGCGCGGCGCCGGCGACACGUUCUCGAAGGCGCGGUUCCUGAGCCUGUCCGAGAGCAGGACGUACGACAUCCCGCAGCCGGCGCCGGCCGUCUCCGACCGCCUCUGCGUCGUCUCGUCGCCCUACGGGUGGCUCGUCACCGCCGACGCUGCCUCCGAGCUCUGCCUCCUCAACCCGCUCACCGGCGCGCAGGUCGCACUCCCGCCGCCCGACACGCUCCCCUUCGUCCACGCCAGCCGCGACGCAGGCGGCCGGGUCGUGAGCUACUCAAUACGGUGCUGCUUUGACGAGGAUGAAAAUGGAGACGACGACGAUGACGCGGCCGUGGUCGUCCCGCCAGAGUCCUUCGCGCCGGACAGGCUCCGGUUCGAGCUCUACGAGAAGGCCAUACUCGUGUCCGCACCGCGGAAGGGGCAGACCGGCUCUUGGGGCGCCUACGCCGUCAUGCUCAUCUGCCAGCCUCUGUCCCGCCUCGUCAUCGCCCGAGCUGGGGACACGAGGUGGACUCUGCUCGACACGCCCUCGCGCCGCUGGGUGGACGCCGUGCGCGGCUCCUCCGCGGGCGGCGCAGGCGGGCGGCAAGUGGUGUACGCGAUGGACUCCGCGGGGCGCGUCGAUGCAUGGGACGUGGACGCCACGAUGCCGACACGGGAGGCGGUCGCGCCGGCGUGCUGCUGCUGCUCGGGGCGCGCGUGCUCCAUGUCGGGGACGUGCAGCAGGUACCUCGUGGAGCUCUCGCCGGGGCGCCUGCUCCAGGUGCACCGGCUCAGGGAGGCGGCGCACGCGCGGUACGGGUGCGAGCCCCGUCCGGAGUGCGUCGAGUACACGACCGUCGACGCCGAGCUCUUCCAGUGGACGACGGAGGGUGGCCGGUGGGCUCCGGUGGACGGCAAGAACGGCGGCGUCCUGGCCGGGCGCGCGCUGUUCCUGGGGAAGAACACGUCGCUGUGCGUCGCCGUGGACGGAUGCUGCCGGUCCGAGCUGAAGGGCAACUGCGUGUACUUCACCGACGACGGUCCGUGGUCGCACGACAGGUGCCGCGAGGUGGCGCCGGACGUCGGCGUGCUCGACCUCGCGGACGGCAGCUACACGCCGCCGCGGGCUGCGGCGCGCGACCUGCUCUGGAAAUGGCCGCCGCCGGUCUGGGUCUUCCCAUCGUGCGUGCGCCGACUGAAUUAAUCCGUCUGAAGAAUGUUGGCAGAGGAUGGCCGCGCGUAGCAGCGUAGAUAAUUUGAAAUAAAAUGCUUGCCUAUAGUAUCUCCCUCCCAAAG